AUGGCGACCCCAUCGACAAACACGAAAACCCUAGAUCAUAUCGUGCAUCUGUCACCACCAGGCUCGAUUGAAGAGACAUCGCGACAAUUUGGUGAUCUUGGGUUCAAGGUUAUACCUGGCGGAGAACACGUUGGCGGCUUGGCUGCCAAUGCGCUCGUGGUUUUCGCGGAUGGACUCUACCUUGAGCUCCUUUCCUUCACACAUGAGCCUUCUCACUACCCUCCUGGAUCACCGGCGCGUGUCAAACGCGACACCCAUCCUUGGGCGAACAAACCAUUAGGCUGGAUUGACUACGCGUUUUUGGGGAACGGAUCACACACAAUUCGAAUCUCGGACAUUAUCAACGACCGUGCCAAGAAAGAUAGAAGCGGGGCGUUCUAUGAGGCGGAGGAAGAUGGGGGAAGGAAACGGAUUGAUGGAAAGGUCGUCAGGUGGCUCAUAUCGGCUCCUCGGGAAAAUAAAGGAACAUUGCCGUUCUUUUGUGGGGAUAUUACACCUCGAGAUCUGAGGGUGCCAACUAAACCGCCAGCGAACGUCCAACACCCAUCAACUACACAGGGAAUCGCACACAUUCGCAUAGUCACUGAUGCAAAGUUUUUUCCUGUAAUCAGCAAGCAGCUCACUUCUGUGACUGGACAAGAACCGUUGUCAUCUACGCCUAUUGAGGCAGUUUGGUCCUUGGACAGCCAUUCUACGACCUCUCCUUCGCUCAUUCUGAGUACUCCUUCUAAUGAGCUUGAGAGCGCUUUCGCCAAGAAUGUUGGAACGGGUAUAGUUGAGGUCGGGUUUUUGGUGAAGAAGAAGCAAGGAUUGUAUGGGUCGGCGAAGGGCACGAUGAUUGAGAUGGCUCGGAAAGUAGGCAAUACGAUCAAAUCUAGAUUCCAGAAAGCUAGCAGUGCGAUCAAGAAAGGCUUCCAAAAAGCGAGCAGCGCAGUCAAGAAAGGCUUCCAGAGAGUAGGCGGCGCUAUCAAAGCAGCUGCCCAGCAAGUGAAACAGGGAUUUGAGACUGCUGGAAGAUUUAUCAAGUGGUUUGAAGAUCAUAUCCGCCGCCCAUCGGGCUGCCAACCUCAAAGGUCCAAGGGCUUUGACAAGGCCUCGAAUGCGAUUCAUGCCCAUCUUUCACCCCAGCUCCAGAAAGGCUCAGAGAUUCUCGAUGACAUCAGGCAUCCCUACGACGCUGCAACUAAAGCAGCUAGCAAGGUUAUCGGAGGGAAAGCGGCAGCGGUCGUUGGUCAAGUCGCUGACGAGAUAUUUUAA